GGCAGCACAGGACGGAGGAGUUCCGGAAGGUGAAUGUCCUGAUGAAGGUGCCCGCCCUAAGGGAUGGUUCUUUCACCUUAGCAGAGAGCAUUGCAAUCCUCCUGUACCUGGCCCGGAAAUUCAAGACUCCUGAUCACUGGUACCCAUCUGACCUGCAGAAAAGGGCUAGGGUUGAUGAGUACCUGUCAUGGCAGCACGUCAACAUUCGUGGGAAGGGGAGCAAGCUGUUCUUAACUAAGGUGCUGCUGCCUCUCCUCACAGGCCAGCCACUUCCUCCAGAGAAACUGGAAGGUGUUACUGAAGAGCUGAACGUUGUCCUGAAGCAGUUUGAGGAGAAGUUCUUGCAGGACAAGCCCUUCAUCGCAGGCAGUGAGAUCUCCCUGGCAGACCUUGUAGCACUGGUGGAGCUCAUGCAGCCCGUAGGUGCUGGCUACGACCUCUUUGAGGAGAGGCCGAAGUUAGCAGAGUGGCGCAGACGGGUGGAAGAGGUGGUGGGGAAGCAGCUCUUCCAGGAAGCCCAUGAAGGGAUCUUGAAUGCCAAGAACUUGACCGCUGAUAAGAUUGCACCUGAACUGCUGGAGCAUUUCAAGCACCAGCUCCUAAAGCAGGCCAGCCAGAAUUAGGGGGUUAUACUUCAAGUAAAAUGGAUUAUUUUGUGCAGGCUUUUUGUAGUAUUUCAGCAUUUCUUCUAAAAAUCAUACAGAAA